AUGAGCGAUACUAUAUGGAAUGUUUAUCACCUUUAUGAUGUUGUCGACAGACCUUAUGAGAAACUUGAUGAGUUAGAACUCAACAAGUGCGACAACGCAUGUGGUGGUCUUCUUGCUUACAUUGGUUCGACAGAAGGUGUUGUAUUUACAAACCCAAGUGUCGAUGAACCAGCAAAACUGAAAAAUAAGGAAGAUGAAACAUUCAUUACUGUUUCUUGCGCAAAGAAAGUUACACAGGCCAUUGUUGCCGUAAAAUCAACAACACAUAAGGACGGAUUUUACUUUUAUACAUUCGAUACAAAGCAGCUUCAGCCAACAAUGCUUGAAGUUCCAAAAGAUUACAUUCCAACUGAAGCAAUCGAAGAUGGAUCUUUGACAAUCUAUUUAAACGAUGAUAUGACAUUAUUUGCAUACGUUUUAGACAAAACAAAGCUUGUUAUAUUCUCCGCUCCAUUUGAUUCUAAGCCAUUAGUCAGUAAUCUUCAUGAUCCGAUCACCAACGUUUUAUUCACUCACGAUCCAAAUAAUCCAGCUCGUAAUGUCCUCUUCGCGACAACAGAAAACGAAAUUACUUACUUAGAUUGGGGCAGCGAAGAUUCAAAGAUCUAUAAAGAGACAAAAGUCCCAGCAGACGGCGGCGCAGGCCCACAUCUCUGCACAAUCAAGGAAGAUGGUGUCAUUAUGGUAUGCCGCGGAGCUCAAGUCAACGUUUACGACGCUGGUGGCCAAUUAUACGAAGAAUUCGACCCGAAGAAGGCCGCUUUCAACAACCAAGGCAACGCAGAAGAGGAAGACAAGGGCGAAGAUGAGAACGAUGACAAGGAAAAGAAAGAAAAGAAGAAAGAUAAAGAAAAAGAGAAACAAAAAGCCGAAGAAAACAAAGAACAAGAAGCCAAGGAAGGUGAAGAAGAAGGAGAAGAAGAAAACAAGAUCCAUAAAAAGAAAGCUUACGAUAGAUAUGGCAAAACUGGCAAACAUGGCCCAAAGAUGCAAUACAUACUCAACGGAGAGCCAAUCUGGAUCUACUGGAUCGGAAACGCUCUUCUUGCUGUCUUUAAUGCUCCAAAUGAUUCCAUGAUCAGAAUCUUCAACUUUUUCCCACCGUGCAUCUUCGGAAAGGCCGCUCCAGGUGAUAACAUUCGCUAUAUCUUCCAAGAAUGGAACUCAAUCAUUGUUGUUAGAACUGAUAACUCAAUAACUCGAAUUGCCGAAGUCGACAUGACCGAAAAGAUCAAUUCCAUCAUCAAGAACGAGCAAUUCGAUGUUGCCCUUGCGAUUGCAGCCUCCAGAAAGAUGACUCCUGAGUUCAUUUCCAUGAUUCACCGUAGAAGAGCAGAUUCUUACUACGCAAAGCACAAAUUCGACCUCGCAAUUGACGAAUACAUCCAAACAAUCGGCUUUCUUGAGGCUUCAUACGUAAUUACUCGUUUCAUUGACCCUCAAUACGCAGAAUUCCUUGUCAAGUACUUGGAAGGCCUUCAAGCGAAAGGAAUGUCCAACAAGCAGCACACGACAUUGCUUUUCAACUGCUACACGAAGCUCAGGAAGGAAGAAAGACUCAAAUAUUACAUUGAAGAGUCCCAGAAGCACAAUCCAGCACCAUACGAUGUCGCCACAGCCGUUGAAGUCCUUAAUCUCAGUGGUUACAGACCAGAAAGUCUCGAAUUGGCCAAGAAUUACGGAUUAAAUAUGGAAUACGCCAGAAUGUUAGCGGAAGACCAUUGUUAUUCCACGAUAUUCGAGCAUCUUAAGACCAUUGGAGCAGAAGAUGUCACUCAGAUCGUAAAGAAAUACGGUCUUGACAUAAUAAUGUUCUUCAAAGACGAAAGAGAAGCCCGGGAAUUCACAUCUUUCCUUGCAGACUGUUGCUGUGAUGGCUGUCCGAUGAAGAUGCGCUACAAAGAUGAUGUUAAACAGUGUUGCAAUCCAGAUGAUUUCCUUCGUGUCUUUCUUUUGAAGCCACAAAUGUUGGUAGCCUUCAUUGAUUUCCUUGCUGAAAAGAAACCAGAAGUUUGCACAGCGGAAAUCUGGAAUGCGGCCAUCGAAUCCAUCAUUUUCAAAGAGAAAGAAGAAGAAAGGGAUGAAAGAUUCAACAAAUACUUCAAUUUCACAUCGGAUACCGUGAAAUUUGAAGACGGACGCUUUAAAUACGAAAACGACCAAGUAGACUUAUUCCUUAAAAGCGAAGAAUACAGAAAUGGAUUGAUGAAUUUCUACAUCAAAGAUGAUAUUCGAUACUACGAAGAAUAUCUAAAACUAUCAAGAUUCGAACAGAUUCCUAAAUACUUUGAAGAGACAUAUCCUAUUCCUAUAUGGCGCCAAACAGACAGAUUAUGGAGAUAUGCUCUUAAAUAUUUAGUUCAAAAUCUUGUAGACAGUAGAAAGAAAGGUGAUGAUGAAAACAUCGCAACAUUGACAUUAUCAAUCAAAGAAUUCCUUAGUUUACUUACACAAGCACGUAUCAAAUCAGAAACACGUGUCGCAAAAAGAUAUUUCGAAGAAAUAGAUCCUGAUAUCAUAAAAGACGAAGAAGUUGAUGAUGAAAAUAGACCUUAUGACCACGUAAAACUUCCUAAAGCUACAGAUGUUAUUGAACCUGUUGAAGUUCAAAAAAUUGAUGGCCCAGUUGCUUUUCUUGAUAUUCUUGAGAUUAUUUCAAUGGAUAAGAAGCUAAGAAUGGGAUACAUCAAAGAUUUGGCUCGUGCAGAGUUCAAGGCUCGUCAGAGUCGUCUGAAAGAACUUCAAUCAAUUGAACUCGAAACAGAAAACGAGAUGAUGCGUGAAGAUGUCGAAGCUUAUAAAUUGAAGUUCUGCCAUUACAAGGCAAACCAGACUCGUUGUAAGAAAUGCAAUGGUGUCAUCGACCUCCCUGCUAAACAUUUCUUGUGCGGACAUUCUUACCACAUUGAGUGUCUCGGCGAAAACAUCAACAUGUGCAUACAUUGCCAGGAAAAGCAGAAAGAGAUUAUCCAGAGAAAACUUCGCUCACUUAAGAAACGUGAUAAAAGAUUUGAAAAUCCAAAUCACGUAAUCGCAAUGUCUGGCGUCGAUCCGCUUUUCGCUUUGUCUUCUUUGCUGCAGUCUGAUGUUAUGCGUGAAGACGAGACUGCGAAAGUUAAGGAAGUGUUAACAGAAUAUACAAAACUCUAA